GAAAAAUAGGUGUAACAGUCAAUGGUUGAGGGCUCAAAAGAAAAAAAAUUUAAUGGCAAUUUUUAGAAUAAAGACUUUUCCGUAUCUUCCCUAUCAAAGGAAGGCAAUAUUGGGCACAGAUGACGACCAGGUCAAAGGCAGUUAAAACAGAAUCCCUAAAUUGGCAUUCUUGUGUGUGAUUCAUAGCUAUCUUCUGCGUGCGUUUUGGUUGUCCUCUCCCUCUCUCCGCCAAACCUCUCAUGCUCACCUCUCAUCUCCUCCAAACUCAUUUCCCCACUACAUACUCUCCCCUCUCCAUCUCUCCAUGGAGGAGGGGGUCCCACCCUUGCCUCCCAAAUCUAUGCCUCACCCGAAUUCCCCUGGGGAUGCCAAUGGCGAUGCCAACAGCCUCUCCUCUGCCAUCAUCCCCUUCAACAAAAACACAUACGUCGUCCAAGUCCCCAAGGACCAAAUUUUUCGAGUACCACCACCAGAAAAUGCUCGCAUCAUCGAGGAAUACCACAACAAGAUGAAAACAAGUAAGAACAGGCCUUAUGAUUGCAGCUGUGUGGCUCUGGUAUUCAUGGUCCUCCUAGGCACUGCAUUCCUCUGCCUCAGCGGUGUUCUCAUCUUUUACUAUGUUGCAAAUCCAGGAGUCCCGCAUCUCAACGUGGAUCAUGUUGCUCUAGUAGACCCCUCAAGCGCGAAGCCCAAGUUUGAUAUCACGAUAAAGGCUCAAAAUCCUAGUGCAACAAUGGACUUCCGCCAUUUAAGUGGUGGGAAAGUUGAUUUGUUCAAUAACGGAAAGCAUAUUGCCUCCGACAUCCCACCUGAUUUUGAUGUAGGGCACAAGGAUACGACGGAAAUUAAGCUCUCUCUUCUGAGUUCAAAGGCUAAAUUGCCUAAAGAGUUCAACUCUACUGCGAAAGGAUCAAAGAAUGCUCUCGUCCCUCUCUCUUUGUCAGCUGAAUUUCCUGUGAAGUUAGGUUUCGGCAUACUGCGAAUGAGGAAGAAGAAACUAGCCGUUAAUUGUGAUUUUAAAGUAAGCAAGACGGCAAAGGGGCUAAAUGUUGCGUCACAAAACUGCAAUGUAAAUAUUUAAGAAUGAUGAUAGCACUGGAGAAAGAUAUUAUGUUGUUAACCUUUUCUCUCUUUGUCUUCCAUUUGCAUUGAGAACUUUGCAUGUAUAAGAGAUUUGUCAUGAUGUAGUAAUCAUAAAUUGAUCCUUUUUGCUUAUAUUUAUGUGGCAUGUAUCUUCCUUCUCUUGGGAAAAGCUUUCAAAAAACUCAAAUUUGACGCAACAUCCUUGCAUUGACUCUUUUGAACUGUAUCAAAAAAUUGUAGGAAGUUUUGUUCUAAUAUAACCAUGAUUCCAUGAACGACUUUGAUGGGAAGAAAAACUAACAAGAAUAGCUUCAUCUCAGGUCAUUACAAUUGAAAUGGUUGUUCUGAUAAUAUAGUUGUUCUGAUAAUAUAGUACAUCUAUUGAACAUCUCAUGAAGCAUAACCAGUUACUUUUCACCAAUCGUUCAUGAUCAUUUUUAUCAAAGGCCACCGACUGUUCUGUAUCUGCUCUGGCAUGCUCUGCAUACUAUUUCAAGAAAUACACAAGGGGACGGGAUAGCUGAAAUACUCAGCACUAUGUUGAUGUUCUAAAUAAUGUGAGUGCUUAUGCGAUAUAAGUUUAUAUACACAAGCAAGUCAAAACAUUUAUAGGCAUCACCAAACAAAACAUAUAAUAAAAAUAAUGGCUAUAGUUAUUGUCCAAAUCCACCUUAAAAAUUAUAAAAAAGGUUAUCUAGUUGACAACAUAAGUAUGUCUGAAGUAUUGCAUAGCCCACCCAACUGUUUUGUAACACAGUGGAAACAAUUCUCCAAUCAAAGCGUAUAGCAAUUUAUUCUGAAGAAAAAGCC